UACACAGGAAAGGAAAAGGAGUUGCCUGGUGAGAUUUUUGACUUCCUAAAUGGUGGUGUUCUGCAGAGAAUGAUCCCACCCCUGCAGUUUUACAUAUAUGGACUUGAUUUUUUGAGUUACUCCCAGAAAUAAACUGGCUUUGCUUGAGUUUCAGCUAUUUGUGCCAAUAGAAGACAAGAAGAGGAAACCUUCAAAAUGUGGGAUAAAAUAAAACUGCUUCUAGCUGCAAUCAUUUUCACAGCUCUCUACUGCAAAGUGACUGCAGAGGGAACAAUACUAAAGGACAUGGCCCCAGAUUCUGUAGACAACCAGUACAAAGGAUGUCCUCAAGAGGCCUUGAAGAAGUUGAUCCAAUCAGGCCUGUUACAACAAGAGCUCCGCAGCAAUGAGUUAUUCCAGAAAGCAUGGAAUGCAAGCAACCAUUGUACAAAGCUGAUCCCUGGAGGAAUAAAAGAACACACUGCUGCACUUUUGGCAUAUAUCAAUGGGGAUGCACAGUUUAUAAGUAACUUUAACAAUGCAGUGAAGACAAUGGGUGUAAAUGUUAGCACCUAUGAAGACCGCUUCCCUUUCAAGUCCCUCCAUUUCCUGCUGAUGGAUUCAAUAAAGCUGCUGUAUCCAAAAAAGUGCAAGACUCUGUAUCUUCUCUCAGAAGAACCAUACACCACAAAACAGGGAUCAAAUGUGAGAGUUGGGGGGUUCAUCAAAGUUGAUUCAAACUAUGAAGAGGUGAAAUCAAUGGAAGAUUUGGAUGGCAUGGUCAUUUUUAACAUCACUUCUUGCUUCUUUGCCAACCUUGGAAACAACAUUUGCAGUGAUGAAGGUACCGCACUCUUAUCUCCAGCUGAAGUGUUCACUGUGGAGUAUCUAAAUAGAACAACUAAUGCAAAUAGGGAUCAAUACACAGAGGUUGUAUUGAAACACUCAGAACUGGACAGCUCGCUCAAUUGUUUUUCACGGUCCCCAGCUGAUGUCUCCACCCAGUGGCUUGUGUUGGUGCUUGUGGCUUCCUCUCUUUUCUUCUUUCACUGAAAAAACAAAGAAUUACUUCUAUUGCAUUUUUUUAAUUAUAGACUCUAUCUAUCUAUCUAUCUAUCUAUCUAUCUAUCUAGUUUAGUUUUAAUUUUACAGGGUAGUGAAUGUAUGUAAGUUAAACCAGCUUGCACUGAUUUACAAUGUAGUCACAUUUAUUUGCAGCUUGCAGAGUAGCAACAGAGCGUGAACCUGUCAACCUCACUGCUCACAGUCACAGCAUCCAGCGGUUGUUGAUAAAAUACUGUAUAGUGUUACUGCUUCUAAAACCACAAUAUCUUGAUUUAAUCUUUCUUUUUCCAUCCAUAUUAAAUAAAAACAUGCAAAAUGA